CCCUUAGGUCACACAUUAUCCAACAAUACACUUGUGUACACAUUGUAUAGUUAGGUCAUAAUGUUUGACAAGGAUGGUACCGAUCAUUUUGGCAGUGCUGUCGAUAACCUGUUGAUGGAGGUUGAUCUUGAGAACCGUGGUUGCCAGCUAGUGUCACCAACUCGCAGUAUAUCCUCUGACAAUGACCAACUCAGUGUCUUGAGCAAGUUACGCACACUGCUGGAGGGCCAGAGCAGCUCGCCGAAGACCCCUGGUGUUAUAUCCAAAAGUCCUCGCCAUGAAGGUAGCAGGGAGUUUGUUACACCUGAACUAUCAGGUACGCUGUCACACCGACUGUACAGCAGGGAUCUCGACCGCAACUCACCCGCCGCAUCCCAAAUGUCAGACAGCUCUGUGAAAUCCUCUGCCUUAAAAAAGAGUGAGCGUAAUAACGUCCUCCGGCAUGCCGAGGCAGUCAUUGAAUACCAGCGUGACAGGAUAAAUGCCCUGGAGGCAGCUGUUGCUAAAUUCAACACUGCCUUGACCCAGACCACUGACAUGUACAAGCAGGAGCUGCAGCGUCAGGUUGACGAUAACUUGAACUUGCGCCAGGAGAUGCAGAAGGUGGUAACCGAGUUUGAAGUGCUGUCCAAACGAUACGAAAUGGACAUGGCAGAAUCUGAGUCGCUUAAGAAACAGGUCAACUUUCUAUCGCACGACCUUUCAAAGCGCGAGUUGGAGUUAUCCGAGGCGCAGGAGAAGCUAACCCAGCUUCCUAUAGACAACAGCGAUUUACGUGAGAAGAACCGGGUACUAUCAAAUGAAAUUGACCGUUUAAACCGUGAAAUCAGUGGCUUGAGUCUAUUGGAUUCCAAGAUAAAUACUAGGAACUCCAGUGGAGAGGUGGCUGCUACCACUCAAUCCUGUGCAGCGCAGCACGAGCGUCUAAAGGCCAGUAGCAAGUGCAUCGCCCAGCUGGAGAACGACCUGCAGUCAUACAAGCGAUUGACGGAAUCCCAAAGCAUGGAUAUCAAGCGGUUGAACCACCAACUGGAGAAGUUGCGUGGCAGUAGCAAGCCUAACGACUACAUGGUAUUGGCCCAAAAGCAAAUGUUGCAAAUCAGGUCGAUAUUCAUGCAGCUUGCUAAGCAAGCUAAGGAGCCGAAGCCCAUUAGCAGGCAGCCUAGCAUGGAGGAAUCUAUUGAAAACAGAUCGUUGUACGCUGCCUAUGGCAUGAGGUCAUCCACUGAGUUGCGUGAGAUGUAUGAGAAGAUCAUGGAUAUGAUGAAUCGGAGUUCCUUCGGUAAAUCGCGCUGUACCGACUGCUUCAGUCUAUCCGUGGUUUACUCAUGUAACGACAUGGAAAAUGAGAUGCAGGUUGAUAUUGACGAGUCCAUGUUAACCCUACGUCGCGAUGACCAGGAUUCAAGCUCAACGGAGGUCAUCAAGAUACCACUGCGAUCUGUUGUUGGCGUCAAGAAAGCAGACGAUUUGAAUGAAUUCUGUAUCCACACAAACGAUAUGAGCAUCCAUGUACUACGCGCGCCGAACCGUGAUAUAUUCAAUCGUCUGCACUAUGCCCUGCAGUAUGCCGGAUUCGUUACUGAGCACACCAGGUUUUCCAUAUUUUCGCAGGCUGACCUAAGUUGGGUGCCUCCAGAUUUCAGUUGGCCCAAUGAUAUCGCAGCGGUGUCAGUUACUGAGUCCAGUCUAUCAGCAGACUGCCCUAGUGACCUCGAGGGAGUACGCCGUUACAUCUCUGAUGUCCACGUGAUCACCGAUCCCAUGGAGCGGCUCUGCUUACUGGAUCACAGUACUGGUUCCAUUAUCAUGCUGGGACCGCAACUGUCGUCGGUACCCUUGGUGAUGCCAUCUAUGUCCACAUUUGCCAUGCGUGUAUGUGACGCCACGCACAAGGAUUGCAACUUCGUGGAGCACGUAGUGGCCCCAACGGCCACGUUGUUUAAUGGAGGCCCUACUAACUUCUACUUCGUGCCCGCGCAGCACAUAUUCGCAUUCAUCCCCGAUAACCGCAGGGUUAUAUUCGUGAAGGGCAUAGACUCGAGCAAUGAAAAGCGGCUCUUGAGGAUAGUGCAGAAUACAAAGUACAGGGAAUUCUCAGUUGCAGCGACUGCACCUGAGCAUCAUGAUUCCAUGGCAUCGUCUAUCGGGGCUCCGCAAGCUGAAGUAGCACCUGAAGGUGAUGCAGGUCCAAGUGAAUUGAUGCCUGCGGCAUCCCAAGAUCGUACUCGCAGCAAGGGUUAUGAAUUCGUGGAUACAAAGCUAGUCCUCUACAAUGGCCAGGACGACGAGAUCAUUAUCGACAAUAAACUGGGUUACUACCGUGUUAACAAGGAAACUAACGACGUCUCGCUUUCGUCUGGGUCAGAGGAAUUCUGUCUACUUAACUUCAGCACCGUUGAAGCACUGCAGAACUUCAUCAACGAGUUGGAGUCACGUGGGUUCAAGCAACAGGAGAAGGAGGAGGUGCACUUUGAGGUAUGCGUGGUCUCCAAGGACCGCAUACAGCUCUUUGUGGAUACCACUAAGCCGCCGAUAGUUACCUACCUCCGGCAGGAUACUACCGUAACAAUCCAGGAGGACAAGCGGUUUAUCAUCCUGGAACAUACCAAGGAUAAAUCCAUACGAAUGGAACUGGAUUGCACCAAGCCCAAGGAGUUCCGUAAUUGGAAGUUUGCCCUCGGUUUCGCCGGAUUCAUCAAGGGGCCGGCGAAACCCAAGAAUGCCGAUAUGAUGAAGCAGUAUAUAUUCGCAGUGAAGUUGCAGAAGAACGACUCCAAGGAACGCCGGUCGUUCCAGGUAUUACCAGAUUCCAUAUUACUCUAUGCCAACCCUACACAGGCUAAUCCGCUGUUGACAAUGAAGCGUAGUGAAAUUCAUGUCGAGUUAACUGAGGUACACCGGCGCUUGCGGGUAUAUGUUAACCGCAACUGCAAGACCGAGGAGCGAUUUGAUUUCAUUAUAACCAUGAUGUCGGAUUACGAAUUGGUGAAACAGGGUCUACAUAAACAUGGGUAUAUAAAGGAUGUAUCAAAGGAAAAGAAUAAAGUCAUCCAGUUACCGUUCGUCUAUGCCAAGGCGGGUCUGAUAGCUGUAUUCAGGUCUAAAUUCGAUAAGGAGCCGCAAUUGGAGCUGGAGCGGUUGAAUUAUACCGCGGAAGUAUCUAAUAUGUGUAUUAAAUUCAUAUCUAAAAUGGACAUCAAGAAAGUGAUAAAGAUAGAUUUCAAGAAGGAAUUCAAUUUCAAACGUUGGAUCAUGGCACUGAAAGUAGCUGGAUACCUGCCACUAACCUCAGAGGUUGUACCAGUGCUAUACAUGCCAACUAUUAUGUAUGGCCACGUUUGCCCGGAGAUACCGAUGUUACUAAAGGGCCAUUUGAAAUGAAAAGUCCCUAUAAUUAACAUUGAAUGUGUUGUAUUACUAU